AUGCCAGAUCUAGUUAUCACCGAGAAAAGUUAUUUUGAUUUUAGUCAAGGAACAACGUAUGUAGCUGGCUGUAGCACCUUCGAAGAUGGUUCUCUUCGCCUCUUUAUAGUCAGGAAGGAAGCCAAUGAAACCAAUCUCUUACAAAAAAUCAUAUACGCUAACGGAACAGAAGCAAAUACAUCACUUGACAGUUGGGGUCUUCCCAUGGGCAUACAACCAAAUACCUUAUCACCUAUAUCCAAUAACAACGUACUAUUCGCCUACGCGAAUGGAACAAAAUUAAUGACUGAUCCGAGUAAUCCGAUUCAGAAAGAUACAUGGGCCGGGAUCGCAGAUGAAAAAGGGAAUUUAUUAAAAACUGUGUUAUUGAUGGAGAAUAAUGAAUUUGCUAGUAUUGAAGGAUUUGGCAUUAAUAAUACAGCACAUCAGUUGAUAGCCAACGGAGAUAAUUUUAUUUAUGUAUAUUAUCAUGACAUGGGAAAUUCUUGCGAAACGAUCAAAUGGAAAGUAUACAAUAAUAAUUCAACAUUCAUAGGUGAUAACACUUAUAACAUCACAACAAAAGAAGGUUGCGUUCGUUCUUAUAAUACUCAAGCUGUAAUAGAUGGCGGUUUCCUGAUCACAUGGUCCGUAACCAUGACACCUUCAAAUAUUUCUGAUCCAACAUCACCACCACAAACUCAAAGUCAAGUGUACGCUGUAUUCAUUAAACCAAACAGUGCGGAUGUCAAAACAGCUCCAUUUGUUAUAUUCUCUGGAACUACUGCUGCAGAUAUUAAAAUAUUGGCAUGUGCAGGGUCAAGUAUCGGGAGAGGGUUCAAUUGUUUCUUGCAGUCAAUGAUGAAUGAUUCGACUAAUGGAAUUCAGCCUUACCAAGUUACGUUCUUAUCGAGUGGGAUGGUUCAUAAUGUAGUACCGCUUAGAUCUAAUAUUACUAAUAAUCAAGCCACUUUCGGUAAUUUGCUGGAUUUGGCUGCUGUUCCUUUACGCUAUGGUGGAUUUCUUCUAAUUCAGAGCAGUUUACGACAAAAUCCACUUAAUUUUUUAAAUCUAACUGGUGCGAACAGUGUAUUGGAUCUAUUUAACUAUAGUGGUAGCUUGCUGAAAGAACAGAGCACGCAGAUAGUCUAUACAGGUGCCUCAUGCGUAUUUCCAAAUAAUAGUGUGGUUUUUACAGGAUUGCCAACAAAUUUGUUGGAUCCUAGGUACAUGGAAGGUUAUUCGAUUUAUACCAUUAAUUUGCCCAAAUUUUACGAAGAUGAUACUGGAUAUCAAAAUCUCAACAUCUUUUCAGCAUAUCCAUCCAGAAAUGAAACCAAUGUUCCAAUAACAUUUGACUCAACAUCAUUCACUUUGAAACUCACAUAUCGAGGACUAGUUACACUAUCCGGCCGUGGUAGCGUAAAUAUAUAUCAAAAAGGAUAUGAUGACAUACCAAGAUUAAAGAUAAUGAGUAGCUCUGUAAAAACAUCUGAUAGUCCUAAUUCUUCUACUACUUUAUAUAUGAAUUUGAUUUCUAGUACUCUAAAUUAUCCGGAAACUGAAUAUUAUGUUACUGUAGAUGAUGAGAUGGUGCAGAACGUAGAUUUAGCUGAACCUUUACCUGGAGUUAGAGCUAACAUUUGGAAUUUUAUUACAGCCAAACAGUCAUCAUCAUUUUCUGGGGCAAUUACCGUACUUCUUCGAUUCCAACCAACAUCCCUUCAAUUUUUCCUUUCCAAUUCAACCGAUGCAAUCCAAAAAAUCCACGCCGAAAUCUCAAAAUUUCUUCCCGUAAAUCGUGAACGUCUCUCCACACCAUAUAACGCAUGGUAUUACGACAUGGGUGACAAUCAUGAUUACAUUAUACUCCCUUUACAAAUCUCUCCUGGCGAUUUUUCAUCUGUUUCAAGUUUUAGAUUAUCAUCCGAUCUUGAAGAUUUAAUAAGGAAUUCUCCAAACACUAAUAUAGCGAAUGGAAAUAUAACAUCAUUAUUGGACUCUAAAUAUGGUGCUCCAAUACAAGUAGACUUUUGGUCAGAAAAUAAAGUGGUGUUAAUAGUAGCAGCUGCAAUAGUGAUUCUGGUAAUAUUAUUUUAUGUUGCGGCCGAGUAUAGAGAUUCUGAUGCAAGAAAUACAGCAGUACCACAAUUAGCUUUGGUUUUAGCUGAUUUUUCUGUUGGGAUGGCUGAAGUUGAAGUUUUAGGUAUAUUGAAUUCUAGAGCUGCUGGUGUUAAAGCAUUACAAGCUCCUUGGAGUAGAUGGGCUGGUAUAAUGAUAUUUGUGGGAGGUUUGGUAGGCUUUUUUAUUGAAGAUAUACCAAAAUUUAUUAUUCAGGUUCUGUAUAAGUUAAAUACUGCAAGUUAUAGUGUUAUCCCUUUUUUAAGGCUUGUGACAUCUUCCUUAGUAAUACUUCACGCAAUAGUAGGAAAGGUGUAUUUGGGUGUCGCAAAAUGGCGUCAAUCCAGACGUCAAUAUGAACCUCCAAAAGGUGGUGAAGAUGCUUGGAGAGAAUUGAUGAAUGAAGUUGAACGACUAGCUAAAGAUCAUUUAGAAGAAUCAAAAGCUUCUAUCGCUGCUGCCAAGCUCGCUGCUAAGAAAAAAUCCACGAAAAAAGAUGGUGGGAGAGGGUCUUCAAAGGGUGGUCAAGGCAAAAGUCAAAAUAAGAGUGGAGAUAAUUUGGGAGAAGCUGGAUAUGAGGGUGAUAGAGAUGAAGGAGGGAGAAUGCAAGGAGGAAGUUAUAGAAGUUCGAGUGUAAGUCCUAUAUAUUCACCUACAGGAGGUGUUAGCCCAGGAAGAGAGAGAAGUGACAGAAGUGGAGAUGUUAGCGAAAGUGAAAGAAAUGGUGGAGGUGGAAGGGAAGAGCACGGAGUUGUAUAG